AUGCUGGGCAUCCAAGAAAGCAAGCUCCGCCCCAACCCCACUGUCUUCCACGGCAUUGUGUCGGGACACUCCUUCCAGCCGAUUGGCCGGAUCAAGCUGGACGUCAUGUUUGGCAAGCCGGACCACUUCCGCACCGAGGCGAUCGAGUUCGAGGUUGUGGACUUGGUCAGUCCCUACCACGCGCUCCUGGGCAGGCCGAUCUCCAAGAUGGCUCAGACGCUGGUCACCGCUGCCGAGAAGCAGCAGAUCCAAGACGCGGUGGCCAUGGCCAAAGCCGCGCAAACCGGCAUGCCGUCUGUAGUUAACCCGGCUGGGACGACUCACUUCCAGCCGGCCAACGACACCAAGAAGAUCUUGUUGGACCCAUCGCAGCCGGACAGGUCCUUCUCUAUGCAGGACCUCGCCAGCUUCAGGGGCUAA